UCUGCUCGUGUCGGUGUGACGGCGCCCCCCUGAGGCCCCGCCGCGCAGUGUCACUGCCCUUGUGUCAUCAUGAAAGGUCCAGUGGAGCACACAGCGCUGAUCAAUUAGCCACAGGGGGGAGGUGGGGGGGGGGGGGGGGUGAAUAUGCAAUUAGAGCUUUGCAGUCACACACUCGCAGGCCGAGGUUGGAACACCAGAAGCAAAAGAAGAAUGAAGCUGCAGCAGGAUGUGAAACGUCAGAGACGGCUGACUACGGGAGCCUCGGUUAACCUUUGAACUGUGCGAUUGGCGCUCGGCCUCCGCGGGGGAUCACAGACCUUCCAAACUUCAUUUCUAUUAAAUUUUAGUAACCGAAGCAGUUGAGCUUUCUAAACACGACGUGCGCUUUGCUCCCAUUGUUUUAAAAACAUUGAAAGUAGAUCAGGCCCCUUGGAUCACUUCCUUUAGAAACCACACACACACACACACACACACACACACACACACGCACACGAGGCUGGUCUGACAGGAAGUAACCUCGAUGAUGGAAAUUCAGCGCUUCUUCUUUCUUUUUCGUGUGCUGAGGAUGCUGGUGAAGAUGGCCGCUGUCUUCCCCCUCGCCGUGCUCCUGCUCUGCUGCUCGUCCGUCUCCUGCGCAGGUGCUCCCCAGCAGUGCAAAUCUUACGCCGUGACAGGCGGGACGGCCACGGUGGCGAUGACCAUCGCGGUGCAGCAGUCGGACAAGCUCGCCUGGAUGCACAACAACUCAGUAAUCCUGCGCCGGAGCAAAGGCAGCUUCAGCUUGGGGGGUCCGGACCUGGUGACCGCAAACGGAUCCCUGAGGUUGACCAACGUGGGCCACGACAAGGCGGGGGCUUACAAGGCCGAGGUCCACGGCGCCGACGGGAGGAUUAAAGGGACGCUGGAGACCAGUUUGUGCGUGUUGGACCCCGUCCCCAAGCCCACGGUGACGCGUGAAUGCAUCUCCAAGGUCAACCAGGUCAAAUUCACCUGCGUUGAUCCACGCCAGCAGGACAAGGGUCACGAGGUCGCGUGGCUUCAGAAGGACAAAGUGCUGCAGAGGGAGACGGGCCGGACUCUGACACGAACUGUCGAUCAGGUGAAGGCUGAUCCGGUCGCGUGCAGACUCUCCAACCGCGUCAGCUCCAAUGAGAGCGCAGCGCUCCAUCACGCCUGCGUUGACUACGCGUCCUUUUGGCACAGGGAGCUACUCGGGAUUAACACGUGGAUUUUCGUGGCCGCCGGAGGAGGUGUCGUUGUGCUGCUGAUUAUCGUCGUCAUUGUUUGCUGCGUCUGCAACAAGCGGAGGAACCGCAUGCAGCUGGAGGAAGAGGGGGAGCUCCGUUUGGCGUGGACCAACGAGAAGCAACAGCACCAUCAACACCAUACCUGUCCGGAUCACCAUCGCCAGGACCAGCAGCCCGCCGGCCACACCGGCCCCCGCCAGCAGCGCUCCAGACAGCAGCGCCCCGGGGCGCCGGAGCAGCCGCGGCCCAGCCCCCGCAGGCCCGCCCAGGCCCCCAGGCCGCCCGGUCAGGAUGACGAAGAGCAGCCGCCUCCUCUUCCUCAGCCCAGGAAGAACGGCCCCGGACGGCGCAGGGUGUGACGGAGCGUGAGUGAUGGAGACGCCUUUCAUGGCUUCACCCGCUUUUCUUUCUUUUUUUUAAUCCCCGUCGUGGCGUUGUUUCUUCUUUGUUGCUCUUUGGGUGGUGCGACGCGUUCGUGGAGACGUGACUCUGCAGUCCUCUCUUCUCCCUCUCUAUUUAUUCAGCAUGUCAUCUUAUCAUAGCGCAAUGUGUUUUUUCCUCCAUGCUUUUACUUUCUUGCUGCAUAGAAGAAGGCCAUUUGAAGAGGUUUUAUUGUUAUAACUAUUAUUAUUGUGAUUCACUUCACGUGUUUAAUCAAACUAUUUUGUGUACAUGUGAAUUCAUUCCUUUGUUGUCUCUUGUUUGUAUUUGUGGGUGAAUUUGUGAAUUAAAGGGAACACAUUUUUACCAGAAAGGUCUCAUUUCAUUCAUCCAUUACAUUACAUGUCAUUUAGCUGAGGCUUUUAUCCAAAGUGACAUCACAUUCCAUUCCAUCAUAAUGUGGAUUCAUGUUUUUACAAGAAGUCAACCACCAACCAACAAUAAGCAUUUACAGAAUCUAAAGAAUUUCCACCGACACAAAUGACAUCCGUUCUAACGCAACUAUUCUAACAGCAACACUUAGUCAUCGUCACCUUUU